AAGGCGCGUUAUUUCAGGAGGAGAAGAAGAAGAGCUGCAGGCUGAGGUUGUUGUAGAAACAGAAGGAGGCUGGAGUCAGAGGGAGUGAAUGGAUUCAGCUCAAACUUUCUAUUAAGAGUGAAGUUACAGCUGUGCGAUAAACUUGUAUAUACGAGGAGUGUGAGGAUUUUAGAGAUAUCUAACCUAUCUUAUUUAAUCUAACUUUACUUUACUGCUGAGCUGAAACUCAGUACAGUCAGCAUGACCCAACAAGGAGCCGCUCUACAGACCUACAACAACGAGCUGGUGAAGUGUAUCGAGGAGCUGUGCUUUAAGAGGGAUGAGCUGAAUAAGCAGAUCCAGCAGGAAGAAUCAGAGAAGGCUCGUCUUCAGCACGACAUCCGGGUGCUGACUGAGAAGCUGAGCCGGGUGAACGAGAGCCUGGCCCACCGCCUCACGGCUCGAGCUGAAUUCGACCGCACCAUCGCUGAGACUGAGGCCGCGUACAUGAAGAUUCUAGAAAGUUCUCAGACGCUGCUGAGUGUUCUUAAAAAGGAGACGGGGAACCUCACCAAAGCUGUUGAACCCAGGAAAGAUCAUUGAUGUUGAUCUCCAUUCUAAAUGUCCCACUCUUUUCUGUGUUGUCUUGUCCUGUAAUGUUCCCUCUCUUAUCUGUAUUGUUUUAUUGUUUAAAUGCCUCACCAACACUUUUUUGUUUUCAUAGAUGACCCCUGUAUCUUAACAGUGUAGAUAGUGGUUAUUGAUAUUGAAUGAAAUGUCUAUUUCAGGAAAUCUUUAUAUAUAAAUGAGAUGUUUUUAAUAAAGAUUAUUUCUAGUAAA